AUGGACGAUUCGCAUAGUUGCACGACGAACUCAACAAGCACUUCUUCCAAGUUUUUCGAGACUUCUGAAGAUGCUGAAUCAAAGGUGGGAUUUUGCGGAGGGAUUUCGGAGAAUAACUUGAGUUUUUCUGCGGAUAGAUUUGCUGAAACUCGUUGAUAUUUAAGAAAAAUUAAUGAAUGUUCAGUUUUUUAUAGAUCAAAAAUUGUUACAAUUAAGAUAACCUGUUUCUAUCCAAAAUCCACGAUAACCUUUUGAAAUUUCAGGACGAUUACCCGAUAAACGACCUUCUUCUAACCGACAUCGAUUCCGAAUCCUCUUCUCAACGAAGUAUUCUUCUAACUCGUCGAUCUCUCGAUGAUUCUUUUGGUUUUGCCCUCCAAUCUUAUGUUUUCAAACGAUCCGAAACCGAUCAAUUCGAAAGAAUAACUUAUAUAGAUUAUGUGUCAUCAGGAAGUCCAGCAAGUCGCGGAGGAAUUCGAAGAGGCGAUAUGGUGAUUGCUGUGAAUGGAAAUUGUGUUAUAACUAAUAGUCAUAGUGAAAUUGUGGAAAGUAUUACCAAUAGUUUACAUGUUACGCUGAUUUUGGUGUUUAAAGGUGAUUUUUUGAGGGUGGGAGUGAGAAGAAUUCCGAAAUUUUGCACGAUAUUUUUUCAAACUAUACAAGGCCAACCAAAAAACUCUUAUUUUCUUUCACAAAAAUUCAAAUUUUCAGACAUCGCUCGAAUAGUUUCUCUAACAAUGCGAAGCAUUCAAUUAAAAUGUUUGUUGGACACCAAAAAGCAAGAAUUGGAAGAGAUUGAAGACCAAGAAAAACAACUGAUUUUAGAUGAUGGAAUUUCAGAAUGUAAGGUUUUUUGGGUGAAAAAAAGUGGAAAAUCAUUCAUUUUCAGUAGAUAUUUCAAGCACAUUAUACGAAUUGGACGAAGAGCUCAAAAACAACUCAAAUUCUACCGAUUUUCGACAUUUGAUUCGAAUCAACAGCUCAAGUUCAAUGGGAUCCACACAAAUCACAAGAUUAUAG